AUGAGUGUAAUUACUUCUUUAGAGGCUGCAUUUCGAAUUUUACCAAAGUUUGACAAGCAAGACUCUGGAGGCUUACAUAAUUUUAUAAAGUCGUCAGAAUUUGCUUUUUUGUGUAUUAGUGAAGACAUAAAGCCCAAGAUUUUAGGAGCAAUAAUCGCAAAUUUGACAGCAAAAGCAGCUCAGGUUGUUCGAUUUAAAAAGAUAGAUACAUGGGAAGAAUUGAAUAUAUAUAUACUACCCGUAGGUUACGGGUAUUAUAUAUAUACUAGUUUACCCGGUUAUAUAUACUAUAACCGUAUUUGUCAAGCUACAGAAUUUAUUAAUCGGAAAUCAAAAUUUUUACUUGACACAGGUAGUGAAGUAAAUAUAAUAAAGUUAUUAUCAUUAAAAGACGACGUCAAAGUUAACGAAAGAAUUUUAUAUCGAUUAAAAGGGAUUAAUGAGUAUUUUGUGAACACAAUUGGGUCGGUAAAUAUAACAGUAAAUUUUGAGGAAGAAAAAAGACAAGUAAGGUUUCAAGUAGUUAGUAAUAAUUUUCCAAUACCUCAUGAUGGAAUUUUAGGCAAAGAAUUUUUAGUAGACAACACGAUAGCAAUUGAUUAUGCAAAAAAUGAAAUAACGUCGACACUUACUGAAGACAAUAUUACAGUAGUAAAUCAAGACAGUCCGCAUGUAGAUUGA